CGCAGAGGCGCCUAUGGAAUACAAAAGACGGCGUUUGUCCCCUUUACAAGGAGACUAAAAGCAGGAGAAACGGGAGUUAUGCAGUAAAGUCUAAUUUGAAUAGUGUGCUUCUUUAUGAACGAUUGUAUUCAUCCUCUUUUCCUUUUUCACCAUCAUCAUAAAUCAGUACUAGAAAGCACAUCCUUCAAACAUGGAAAGCUGGAGCAAAUUCACCUCAAACGUCGGUCCAAUCGGACAAAAAAUUACUCGUCAAUUUGGUAACUUGAACCAACAAGCAAGAGAAACGUUUGGACAAGUCGAAGCGGAUGAUAUUACAGAAUUACCCGAAGAAUACAGAAAGUUGGAAGAACGUGUUGAUGCAUUAAAGAAUGCUCAUUUAAAUUUGGGCAAAAUUGCAAAAGCAUACGAAACUGAAGGUUACGAUUAUCCAACCCAAGUUCAAGAAUCUUUAACGCAAAUCAGUGCUCAAGUCGGUCACAGUGUUACUUCUUGGGCUGCUUCUGCCGCUAAGCAAACUAAUGUCAACGUCAAUGUUCCAGUCACAUCUGCUCCUCCAACCGCACACAAGACUUUGCAUCAUGCUUUGAGCAGAGGUGCUGCUUCUGGCGCUUUGGAAUUGGGUGCCAGUUCAACUGAUUUGGCAGGCGUUAGCAGUCCCGUUUCCGGUAAACCAUCUUCAGGUGCAGGCGCAGAAGAGAGUAAGCUUGGUGAAGCUUUGCAAAAGUUUGCAUUAGCACAAGACCGUGUUGGCAAUCUACGUUUACAACAAGAUGAAUCCGUCAAGAGCGGAUUUCUGACACCUUGGAACGCAUUCGGUGCACAAAUCCAACUCGCCGUCAAAGCCCGUCAAAAUGUACGUGAAGCACGCUUGCAUUUGGAUUCAUGGCGUCAAGCUGUCAAACAAGCAGAAGUCAACAGAAAGACUGAAAAAGUCGAAAGUAUGCGAAGCGAUGUUGAAUUGGCAGAAGAUAAACUCGUCAGUGCAACCGAAGAGGCAAUCUCUGUUAUGAAACGUGUUUUGGAAGACCCUCAACCGAUCAAGAGCUUGGCUGCAUUUGUUAAAGCACAAGCAGAAUUCCACCAAGCAGCACAAGAAGUGUACGCAGAGGCUGCCAACACACUUGCUUCUGCUGCCACUUCAGCCGAAUCGGAUUACAUGUCAAGUCGUUGAACGAUGUAGAUGCGUAGAUCUUAGAAUUGGCUUUCGUUUUUUUUCCUUGUUGUAAGUGCGGUAGACGC